CGGCGGUUGGAAGAGGGAAAGAUGCCGGCGGAGGAUAAACGGUGGGAGACUUUGGAGGCGCUGCGUAACUCUGAGAAGGGGCUGCUGCCGUACGGUGCGAGCUGGUUGGAGGAGAGAGAUGAUGUCUUGGAGCAAUGCAGAUCCUCUCCCAAGCUCUCUGUCGCCUCGGUAUGGGUACUGGACCACCUUUUACAACCAGAGACUCAAUCCAGCACCUCUGAGAGCUUAACACCCCUGAUCUACGGUCUCACAAGAGAUGACCAGCUCCAGGAGAUGCCUGUUUCUCCUCCGGUCCCGAGCACAGAAGAGGAAACAAGUAAUAAUAAUGUGCAGGAGGUAGUGCAAGAGUUGACUCCAGAACACACACUCUUGUUACUUUCACCUGAAGCAACCCAGAUUGAAGGCUAUGUUAAAAAGUAUGAGGAAGUCCACAGAAUCAAGGGCCAGGCUGAACUGAAGCAUCGCCGGGAACUGCAGCAGAAAGCUGUACAGAGUUUCUCAAACACAGCAGCUGAACUAUUAAAACGAUUUGAAGAGUCCCUGGAGCUCCGACAACGUCAGGAAUAUGAGGAGAUGCGUGACAUGAUGGAGAAAGGGUCACUUGAAGCUCAAGGACGUCAAGAAAAGUUAAAGGAAGAGCAUCGCCGCAGAGCUAAGAACCUGAAUCUGAAACUUCGGGAAGCUGAGCAGCAGCGACUCCGACAGGAGGAGCUUGAGCGUCAGAGGCAGGCAGAAAGUCGGGAACGAGUGCGGCGGCUGAACUGCAUCCAGGAGGAAGUGCUGCAUCUGAAUAUGCAGAUUGAGCCCUACUUCAAGCAGAAGGAGCUGGUGGGACUGGACCUUUCAGGGUACAGUAACCGUGGCAACCAGCUCUGCAGCCUGGUGUCAAGAGUUAUUAAGCUGAAGUCAGAGGGUGGAGUGCCACAUCGGGAGGACAUUCUUAAUGCAGAGCGAGCCUUGCUGCAAAUGCGAGAACUGAUAACUGAGAUGCAUGAGAAAAUUGCUGCUGCAGCUGCCGAGAAAAAGAGGAUGAAGGAGGAGGAAGAGAAAGCACUUCAGAAAAAGCAGGAAGUGAAAGCUGAAAUAGUAAAGCCUGUUCCACAAGAGAAAACCAGUCGUAAAGAAGGUCUGCAGAUAAAGGCAGAUUCAAGCACCAUGCAGUGGUACCAACAGUUGCAGGACAUUUGUGACCAAUGUGCAGCAUCUAUUAAUGAUCUUAACAACAGCAAGGAUUCCAAGGUGAAGAAAAUUAAGAUGGACCUUCAAAAAACAGCAACAAUUCCUGUUGGUCAGAUCUCCUCCAUUGCAGGGUCUCACCUUCGUGAAAUCUUUGACAAGAUCAAUAAUUUGCUGUUGGGCAAGCAGAUAUCGUCAGGUGGGAAGUUGGUGUCAAUUUCUCAGCACCCACAAGGGCAGGACUUCGUCUGUUACAAACUGGCAGAAAAAUUUGUGAAACAAGGUGAGGAGGAAGUAGCAUCUCACCAUGAAGCUGCGUUUCCGAUAGCAGUGGUUGCUUCAGGAAUCUGGGAGUCUCAUCCGAAGGUUGGCGAUCUUUUCUUGGCCCAUUUGCACCGAAAGUGCCCCUACGCGGUGCCGUUUUUCCCUUCAUGGAAAGACGGGCUACCAAAGGAAGAAUAUCAAAGGUUAUUGGGGUACCGAGUACUGGACAAUGGUGUUGAGCAGCAGGACAACUUUUUGAAACGGAUGUCCGGGAUGGUCCGUCUGUAUGCAGCCAUCAUAGUGUUAAGAUGGCCCUAUCGAUCAAAGCAAACAGAACAUCCUCAUGAGCUGAAUCAUGCUUGGCGCUGGCUGGCUCAGAUGUUGAACAUGGAACCUCUGGCUGACAUUACUGCUACACUACUCUUUGAUUUCUUGGAGGUCUGCGGCAAUGCCUUAAUGGAAAAGUACCAGAAUCAGUUCUGGAAGAUGAUCCUACUGAUCAAGAAUGAUUACUUCUCCAGGAUUGAAGCGGUUACGGGCACUGGGCAAGUUGGGGCUGUGAUCCGGCUGCGCCAAUUCCUGGAGAAGUGCUUGAAGGAAAAAGAUAUUCCUCUACCAAAGGGUUACCUACAUUCUGCAUUCUGGAGAUAAUGAGCAAUCCAAAGGAUAUAUUACAUUAAAAAGCCAAGGAAAUCACAGCUGCUUGAGUCAAAAUCAUUUUUUAAAUUAAUUUUUUAGUAACAUUAUAAAUAACGUUUAACUUAAGUGGGAAUGUUGGAUUCAUUGGACCUUAUUACCUCUUCAUUAUUUGGCUAUUCUAUGAUUUAAGCUUUGCACUCUGUCCUUGGUGCUGAUGUUUUUGUGCAGUGUUAAUCUAGUUAUGUAAUUCUCUAAACCAUAGAAAAUGACUGGUGGGGUAUUUGGGAUGCUAUGUAUCUGAAUUGACCUGUCACAUUUUGGUUGUUGACUAUUUUUUGUUUAGAUUUAUUAUAAUGCUAUAUGGAACUGAUCUUGUGACUAUCAUGAUGUGAAGCAGUUGCCGUCCACUUUAAUUAUAAAUUACAUCCAUUGUAAUGAAAACAUAGAACAGGUACAGAGUAGCUGUUUUGUACACAGUUUAACAGGUUGGAGGAAACCUUGUGUAGUGCUGUAUGUUUAAACUUUGUGAAGAGAUUAUGACAUUUUGUGUGUCUUCCUAUUGCAUAUUAAUAAUCUCUUUAAUGGACCAAUGUGUGAACUGCAAAAUAAUUUGUUUAUUUUUUUAAGCGAAGAAUCUGUUUCACUUUCUUGUUGCUUUUUCUUUUGAAGGCAAGACUUGUUUUUAAAAUAUUGUUUACUCCAUAGCCAAGCAAUAUGUACAGCAGGGAGGAGAAUAUGUUCCCAUUUUCCACCAGUACCACUCUUCUUGUAAGGAGGCGAAUCAGGAGUACAGAAAACAUCCUUCUCCACUGAGGACGAUCUGUGAACUUUGUUUGGCAUUGUGGCUGAGAUGGGGAACUUGGCAGAUGGAGGGCUGCAGGGUUUAUUCUCUCAGCCCCCGCUAUCUUUUUAAGUGAGGGAAAGUGCAGAUUUUUUGCUCAGUGCCACCUCAAACAGCAAAGCUGAAAAUGGAAAUUUGGUUGUGAAGUUUUGCUGUGCUACUUCCCUGACAUAACAUGUUGGAGCAGCAUUCUGCAUCUCACUGGGCCCUUUCAGAAAAAUGUAACAUGGAAGUUCCAUGGAGGAAAGUUCAUUUGGCCCAAUAUGCUGGUGUUUAUGCUCCAGGCAGGCCUUUUCCCAUUCUAUUUCCCUCAUUUGCCCCAAUGAAAAUAUCCUUCUGUUCCUUCUUCCCUCAUGCACACUGAAUACACUUGGAAUCACCUUAGAAUACAUUUAGAAGCCACUGCCAAAACUGAACCUUUCAAUUACAUAGCAUUUAUAGCAAAGAAAUAGCCUAUUUGGCCCCAACAGGUCCAUGUGUGGAUUUAUGCAUCUCACAAGCUUCCUUCCACCCUACGACGUCUAAUCCUAUCACCAAAUCCUUCUAUUCCUUUCUCGCUCAUAUUUAUCUAGCUUCCCUUUUAAAUGCAUCUAUACCAUUCACCCCAACCACUCCCUGUGGUAGCGGGUUCCAUGUUCUCACCAAUCUCUGGGUAAAGAAAUUUCUCCUCAAUUAUAUUUGGAUUGACCAGUGAUGAUCUUCUAUUUAUAGCCCUUAGUUCUGAUUUCGUCCACAAGUGGAAAUAUUUUUUUCUACGUUUACCCUAUUAAGUCUCUCCAUAAGUUUAAAGACCUCCAUUAGGUCACCUUUCAGCCUUCUCUCUUCUGGAGAAAAUGUGAUUGAAUAUAUUUUCAUCUAAAACAAAAUUGAAAAUUUUUAGAUACCACAUUUUAUUUUUUUAUUUUUUUUUAAAUAGAGAUGAAUAGAUUUACAGAAACUGAAGGUAGGUAUGGGACAUGAGUCUGAUGAAUUGCUGUACAUGUAACUAGAAAAUAUUUAUUUUUGUGACAAAAUUCUCAAAUAAACUAAAUAGUUUAUUAAAUUCUAUUUAUAAACAAUUGUUGAAUAGACUGUCGGACCCUUGAAUGCUGUGAAUGGAAACCUUGACCAAGUUAUAACAAGUGCUUCUUUUGAAGUGUUGCACUUGGUUACUGUGUGGUGGGGGAGAGCAGCCUGUUCAAAAAGACACAAUUGCACUUGUUUCAUGACUGGGCUAUUCUUGCAAACAGUAGAAAAUCAGGUGGAGUUAUUGUUGAUCUUGGGUAGCAACAGUGACUGAGAUUUGCUAGUAUAGGCCACUUCUCCACCAAGACUACUGGACUGGUGACCUAAAGUAGGGAGGGAACAAAUUGGUUUAAUAGCUGAAUAUCACAAAUGUAAUCCCAAAGACCUCAGGGGAGAAAGUGUUGAGAAAUCCAACAGAAAUUUAUGAAUGCUUGAUUCUCAGGCAUACAUCGUCUCAGCUUACUGUUAAAAGAGCACCAUUUGAAGUGCUUUUUGAUAUCACCUUUUUCUGUGAAGGAAGUUUGUUUCUGCUGAAUUCAUGUAAACUUCCUUAAGUUUGAUGGGGUGUUCCUUUUUAAAGAACUGUUGGCUGUGCACAUCUUUAUCAGCUACUCCAAUGCACCAUGAAUUUAUCCUAAGGUAGUGGACUUUGCCUUUCAGUGUGUCAGCCCUCCCCCAGUAAGACAGACCAGGGAAGGUCAUAGUAACUUCAAUGUAAGUUCAAUCCAUGGAUUGAGCAGCAUGCUACAAUUGACCUCAGCAAUCCUGGGCUAGGGACAAAAGGUUUCCAGCUAAUCAUUACUUGGGCACUGCUGUAAAGUACAUGUGUCAGUGUAUGAUGAAUUACUCUGUUAACUGCUCAUGGAAGUUUGUGACCUCCUUCAUUUAAUCAUGUACAGAGUUCAGCAUUUUAUUUACUAAAUUACAUUAAACCACUUCUUUUAACGUAUUGGUUCCAAGAUGUUUAAAAUAUGUAACUUUAAGUGAAUAAAACAUUUGCAAAAUAA